UUUUGGAUUCCAGAAGAAAGCAGUGCAGCUGGAGAAGAGCAGUUGGUCUCUUUUUGUCUUUCAGAGAGCUCACGACAGAGUUGACAAACUUGACAAUGGCAUACAACAAAUUCUUUACCGUCAUAGUUUUUCUGUAUAACCUGACUGUGGCACUAACAGAGAGCACUGUGUCGUGCUACAGGAUCGAGCCGGCGACGAUAGCAGGCAUCAUCAGUGCGGAUGUGCUGCUGACUCUUGCCAUUGUCAUUGUCACCUACCGAUGUGCCAGCUAUCGGCGUCAGAAGAUAGACAAGGCUGACAAAGUGUACAUGAAUGUCCGAGCCAACUGUAAGAGCUAAUCCAAAAGUGGAGCAGUGCAUUAUAAUAUUAUGUUCCGUUUUUAUAUCCUGUUUUUUCAACAAAAUUAAAUGUAUUAAAAGAAAAACAUGAAUUCAACAUUCAACUCCUUUAAUAUAAACACAAACAGAGUGCCUUGCACAUAUUACAAUUCACCAACCUUGUGGACAAAAUAUCUCUAUGUGGUAAACAGUUUCACGAAAUGUUGGCAACUUAACAACACGACACAGCAGUUGACUUUUGGUAAAUACUGUAUUUUCAACCGUUUUCAUGUAAACAUAUCAGCUGUAUUCAUAUGAGUGAUUUCAAAAAAUAAAAGACUGACCUGGUGAUUUUA